AUGACUAAGGUACGACGAGACGUUCAGCUCAACGAGUUCAAGACUAUGAUGAUCACCGACCACAAAGAUACCAGUGAAUUAACCGGAGAGUAUCAGCACAUCUAUACGCAGUUGAGGGAAGCCCGAUCACUGCAAAAGAAAAUGGAGUUACUUGAUACUCUUUCAAUUAUCAUUUUGAAAUUGACCAAGGCCACCAAAAGCGAAGAAAAGUGCCCGCAAUUACAGAUAGAUCUGGAAUUGGUUCAAUUUCUCUUUCUCAACUUAGAUAAUUCCAACAAGACCAAGAUGAAUACUAUUAUUGCUAACACCCUCAAUAAGAUGGUGGGAUAUUCGAAACUCCAAGACGAUUUCGAGACUCAAAUACUCAAAUGGGUCCAGAUAUUGGCUGAUUCUUUAACGAACUCAAAGCACUUACUCAACAUGAUGGAAACAUUGGUCAAGAACAUCACCACGAAUGUUUACCCUUUCUAUAAGGCAAACCAAGCUUUUGUUUUAAGGCUUUUGGAGUUUUUCAAACUGAGCUCACUAGCAAACUCUUCUAGCAAAGUGUUGACAGCAAUUUUUGCAAAUAUGUAUCAAACUGACUCAUCCCGUUAUUUCGAUUCUUGGGACGAACUCAUUUACUCCUUUUUGAUCAGUCAAGAUCACUCUAAAAAUAUGGUGAUUUACUUGAUGCCUGCUAUAUUUAAAAUUGAUCAAAAUUCAUUUCUGAAGUUUUUGUUGAAGUUCUUCAUCAACUUUGAACAUUCCAAUGAUGAUUUCAAAAUCCAGUUAGGUUUGAGCCUAUUGAAAAUUGGUGAAACAAUGCUGAUUGAUUCAUCCAGCAUUAUUUCAGUUGAGUCAUUACAAGACUUAUUGACCUUCAGAUCUCUUAACGUAAGACUUAACUACUUGGAAUUUCUUUGCUUCACAGCGAAACCAACUUCAACUAUCUCACUGGAAGUAUUUAGCUUGAUUCAAAAUAACUUGGACUCGGUCUUGUUUGAUUUGAAUUCGGUGGAUACGAGGAACCAGUUUAUAAACACUAUUAACGGAUUCUUAAUACAUGUGAGGGACUCCAGCUAUACCAGGAACAAGUCGAAAGACAUAGAAUAUGUCAAUAGUUCGGAGCAGUUUUUGAAAUGGUUCUUGGGUUUCAUUCAACGAGGAUUACUACCAUCAUCGUCUUACGCUCAUAAUUUCAUUGCAUUAAGUUUCUCCAAUAAGUUGAUAGAUUUGAACUUGGAUGGCUUUACUGGCUUGAAUAAGAACAACAAGCUGUCAUUUCCAUUCAAGAUUAACGUGUUCACUGACACAAUUAUUGUGCUUCUUUUGGAUAACUUGAAUAAUGAAUAUGACGAUAUCAGAGAUAUGUCUUGCAAAGUGUUAUUGAGAUGUCAUCAAGAAAACUUAACAAAGCUUUUAAAUUACUAUACACCUGAAAAAUCAAAACUUAUUAGUAAAGCAACAAGGUAUUGCUUCAGCUUGAGGUCAAGGAGGAGUGAUGGUGGUGCAAACUACUUCAAUUUCCUUGCCUUGUAUUUUGUUCAAAGAGGCGAAACUCAGAGAGUUUACGAAUUGGUCUUGUACUUGUCUCAGUAUCUUCUCCAUACCGAGCAGCUCGUAGGAGAUUUUUCUACAGAAGAGCUGAGGCACCAUGGGAUAUGCACGGCGUUGAAGUUUGUGUUGCAAGCACUACCUGCUAGUGUUUUUGACGAAAAUGUCGAAUUAUGGAGUACACAUUUUGGUAGGCUUCUCAAGCUAUUUCAGAGUAUGUGGCCGAAAUUAAAACCUUUCUUGUCGAAUAGCAAAGACAAUGAGGAUGAAGAAGUGGAUAUAUCACAAGAACAAAAACUAGCCUCCAACUUUAGCUGGAGGUUCAUUAAGGAAUCAACAGAUCUAGUCAACACGAUUUUCAAAAUUAAUUCAUCAAAAUUCAAUUUAGUGGAGAUUACUAGCUUCUUGGAUUAUAUUGAAGUUCUCAUUGAUCAAAUUUCAAAUAUUAACCAUAAGGGUGCGUUGUCUGCGAUUUAUCCGUCCUUUGUGUUAAUCAUAAGUUACUGUUGCACAAACCCGAAUACUCGUGAACAUCCCGAAGUUUUAUUAAAACGGAUAUUGUGUCUAAUUGAAAGCAAGAGCCAAUUAAUCAGUAGGCGUAGUGGUGGAUUACCAUUGUUAAUAACCGGCAUCUUAACAGGUUGCAAAGGUGCUUAUAAGAACUGUGACGCAUUAAUGACCUUGACAUUCAAAUCGUUAUUUGCAACCAUAAAGUUGGAGGUAGGUGAGAAUGAGAAUAAAUAUGAUUUGCCUCAAGUAAAUGCAAUGAAUUGUGUGAAAGCCAUUGUCAACGAUUCUUUAUUGAGGGAAGAGAGCCUGCAGUAUUGGGAGGAGUCUUUAAAUCUCUGCCUCCUAUACUUUGGUUCCCAUAAUUGGUCAGUCAGGAAUUGUGGUUUAAUGUUGUUCACCAGUUUAAAUAACAAAUUAUUCAAUAAGGCCAUAAAACCCCUCUCAACGAGAAUAUUUGAAAACUAUGAGUUGAAACAUACAUUAUUGAAGUAUCUAGACUCGAAUAAUGUUGAGUGGGUAUUCCCCAUUUUAAGCAUAAUAUCAAACUUGAACUUUGUUAAUGAUGAAGAAACUUUGGAAGAAUUUGAAGUCGGAUUGAUCCCAUUAUUAGGUGACAGAAACUGGAAAGUUAGAGAAAUGACAUCAAGGACCUUAUCUGAAAUAUCACUACCCAGUCUUCAUUCAACUUUGGUUUCUAAGCUCGUAUCAUUAUUAGACACCAAAGACAAAAAUUUCAACCAUGGUAUAUUCUUAUGUUUGCUAGAAAUUGUGAAGUUGAAACAAUUAGAGGCGCCAGAACAGGUUUUAUUGCCCUUAAUAAAAUAUCAAAGUUGGUCGACCUUAAAAACGUAUAUUGAUAUCAUCCGAUAUUUGGAUGUGCCUGAGAGUUGCAAAACUCUCUUAUCUCAUAUAUUCGUUAAAAAUAUUUCCCCAGAGUUCUCAGGUUUGAAAAGGCUAGCGUUGAACAACUUAUUGGUUUAUUUGUUACAUGUUGAAUCUUCAGAAAAUGUGAACAAUUUGAUUAACAUUUGUUUCGACUUGUGCUUUGAUUUUACAGUGAUUGUGUUGGAUUUUCUAAAUAAAAGCGUUGAAAAUUUUGAUACUUCUCUGGUUUGGAAGAUAUUGGAAACAUCCAAUGACAUUUUGAUCACAAGAAAAGCUCUUGAGGUUUUGGGAAAGUAUCCAAGCUCUGAAUAUAACGGGGAACACAUAAAGACAUUAUACCGUGCUUUGGAAAAUGAAAGUAAUGACAUCAAAGCUGCAAGCUUGCAUGUGCUUUCAAACUACUGUUCCGAACAUAUCAAAAACUUUCUUAAUGAGUGUAUUGAGUUCACCCAUGAAGAUAUGCCCGAAAGUAUUAGGAUGAAUGGUUUGAAACUGAUUAUCAAUUACCUUGCCCCAUGUUCGAAGAAAUCAGACAAGUACUUGAAGUUUGUGUCACUUACUUUUUCAUUAGCAACCGACAAGGAUAUUCGUAUCAGGGAGAUGGCUUGUGAGUUCAUUUGUCAACUUCUCGAAUAUCCAUAUUCCAGGUCUUGUUAUGCGGUCUUCAAAGACUUUCCUCUAUUCUUGGCUCGUGACUUUGAGUCUCUGGAGCUAAGUCUGGAAAUUGCCCAACAGUUAGUGAACAUUUUUGCUUUUACUAAGGAGAACUUGGUUCAAUUUGAAGAGAACUGGGAUGAUGAAAAUGCAUUGUUCGAUUUAGAGGAGCCUAACACUUAUAGAAACGGUGUAAUAAUAGUUCAAACAUAUAUUCAAGUUUUGCAAAGUGCCGAGCUAUCAAGAUCUUCCAUUCAACAUCUUACUGAAAGUUCAAUUUCCACAAUAGAUCAUAUGAUCGGGUUUUUUGACAAGUUCCAGAAUGCUGAUAUUACUGGAUAUACAAGCAACAUGCUCGUGUUCAGCUCUCUUGAGCAAAACUUCACUAUCUUGAAGUAUGCAAAAGAACGUAUACAAGAUCCAACAUUCGACCAAAGCAUGAAAAUACUUCGUGAGAAAUGUAAGAAUUGCAACAUCCACCAAGUACUUCAACUGCUCUUGUAA